AUGGGUGGUUCGACUAGUUCCCCAAUUCCUGGCGGUGGGACCUCUGGAUACCAUGUUCUACGAGUUCAGGAAGGUUCACCGGGUCAUCAAGCUGGUUUGGAAGCUUUUUUCGAUUUCAUCGUAGCGAUAGGUGAUAAACGUUUGGAAGAAGAUAAUGACUGUAUUAAGGACCUCCUACAGGCUAAUAAAGAUAGACCUGUUCGUCUUGUUGUCUAUUCGAGUAAAUCACAAUCCUGUCGUGAAGUAUCCCUAAUACCAAAUAAUCAUUGGGGUGGUCAAGGUUUAAUGGGUGUUAGUAUCCGGUAUUGUUCAUUCGACAGAGCGAACGAAAAUGUAUGGCACGUGUUGGAUGUUGAGCCUAAAUCACCAGCAGAUAUGGCUGGCUUAAAACCAUAUACAGAUUAUAUAAUCGGGGCUAAUUCAAUACUGAAUAGUAGAGAUGACUUUUUCGACCUGAUUGAUUCCUCGGAUGGGCAUGUCGUUCAGUUAUAUGUUUACAAUUCCGAAUCAGAUUCAUGCCGUGAAAUUCAUCUUAAACCAGAUUCUAAUUGGGGUGGCAACGGUCUACUCGGUUGUGAUAUUGGUUAUGGUUACCUGCAUCGUAUUCCAACAACCGGGCUACCACCUACACCUUCACAACAACAAUCAUCAUGUGGUGCAGUACAUCAGGUUCAAGAGUUCACUAAAAUACCUGCUGGAGACCAAAAGAUGUCACCUAUGCCAUCAGAUCAAACUGUGAAUGGAAUUUCUGCACAAUAUUCUCCUCCGCCUCCAUACACGUUUAGCACUGCAACACCACACGCAUUUGCUGAGGUCCCGUUAGUUUCAACAUCAUCAUCAUCAUCGUUACCACCUCAACCUCCAACAGCAGCAGCCUACCCAUUCCAAGCUGCAGUCAGCAGUACAGAUUCCUUUGAUCAAUCCUAUACCCCUGUACCACCAUCAGCAUUUAUGCAGGCUUCGAAUAUUCCUCCUCCUGCACCUCUUCCUCCAGGAUUGACAAAUAUGUUUCAUGUACCACCAAUGAGUUCAUCUAGUGGACCAGUCUUCUCACAGAACACACCUUUAAUUUCUUUUGAAUCCACAACAAACGAUGAAAAUACUCCUCAGUAUUCACAGUUUCAUAUUCCACAGACAAGUGCUCGAUACUUUAAUCCAGUGAGUGAUAAUCUGCCUUCAUCAACAGUGAUUUCUUUACCUGGAAUGCCUCCGUUGGAUGUAAAAAUGCCUCCUUUAGAAAGUCUUAAUCUUUCGGCGAACCCCAGUUCAUGA